CCCCGCACCACCAUGUCUGACGAACUCUCCAGCAAAUACGUUCUCCAGACCGCCGGCUUCGACGCACGGUUCCCUUAUACGAACCAGACCAGACACUGCUUCCAGAACUACACCGACUACUUCAAGUGCAUCGCCGCCAAGGGCGAGGACUUCGCUCCCUGCAAGCAGUUCAAGAGGGCUUACAACUCUCUCUGCCCUAACGAAUGGAUUGCCAAGUGGGACGAUCAGAGGGAAAACGGCACCUUCCCCGCCUCACUCGAACCUUGAUUGUAUCUUCUCGGGGUUGAAGCACAUGUUAGACUGGGACGUUAUCACUGCAUUGAACUCGACAUAUUAUCUCGUUCAUCCUUUGUGACAAUUGCUUGGCACGGGUGGCUGGUCACGUCCUGGCCACCAUCCUUCGUACAACCUGUGUCAGGCAUUCGAAUUUAAAACCAGUGGCUCCCUC